GUUCCGUGCGUUUAGUAGCAGACGCAGCCUUCUCGGCCUUCUCUAGGGUGGCCUAGGUGCAAUGAGGAGUUUGUAAAUUUCGUCAUUAUCAAGAUACAAAUUUCUAUAUUAAAAUGACCAUGAUUUCAAAGGCUGCAGUGGGCAUCGCUGUUGGCAUAGCUGGAAUAUUUGUUGGAUACUGUUUUUACUUCGAUCAAAAGCGUCGUAGCGAUCCAGAUUUCAAAAAGAAAUUGCGUGAACGUAGGAAAGCAAAGAAACAGGCGCAGAAUGCUACUUCGAAACUCCACGACUUAAAGGAUCACGAAGUUGUACAAAGAUUUUUCUUACAAGAGGUUCAACUUGGGGAAGAGAUGCUCACGUGCGGCGACGUCGAGGGUGGAAUCGAACACUUAGGGAACGCAGUCGCGGUUUGUGGACAGCCGACGCAAUUGUUACAAGUACUCCAAAGAACACUGCCGCCACAAAUUUUCCACCUAUUGUUACAGCGAUUACCAGUUAUCAGUCAGAAACUACCGACUCAAAUCGCAAUGGCCGAGGAUGAGCUUGAAUAAAAUACUAUAUAAAUUGCGUUGAAUAUUUCCAAAUAAAAUCUAACAAUUAGCUGAAAGUGUAUGCUUCUUUUGACGACGUAGACUUUUGCGUAGCUUCGGUCCGGUCGUGCUGUUAAAUCAUACAUUCUAUUCUCCUUAAUUAAACUUCCAUGCUCCUCAAUAAGUGUAUAUUAAUGUGAUACAUCUGUGCGCACUGAAAUUUUAAAUAGAAAACUUUUGUAUUCGUUUCGACUGCCACGAAUAUAAAAAAUGUGUGUAAGUCGAUGUGCCUAGAUCUUUAGUUUACGUUCAAAUUGUUGAUAUUCAUUGAAAUACGAAGAAGAGGCGGAAAGAGUAAUUAAGGAGCGAUGUGUAAUCGAUCUUGUUCCGGGCGACAACAUGUAGCAAACUAUUCGGUCUCGUAAAUAAAUCUCAGAAUAAUUUUAA